AUGUGGGAGGGCGGCCAGGAGAACUGGGCGGGGGAGUCCUCCCGCCGCUCCCACUGCAGGCGCCAGUACCGAGGACCCCGCUUUGAGAUCGGUGCACCACGGCCUGUCGGCCUCGCUGCCCACAGGACUCGGGGACUUGGGGUGCUCCCUCUCGGGUGCACCGACAGCUUGGAGGAGCCAUACCUCUCCACCUGGCCUUGGCAGGGCCCUGGAAACGGGAGGAUUGGGCAUUCCAGAUUCCUCGGGCAUAGCCUAACCCGUAACCGGGAAGAGGAUCGCCAGAGCUGGGCGAGGAACCGGGAGGUUUGGGGUGCAGAGGGCAAGGAGGGCCUGGCCUACCCCACGGCGCCGCGCCUCCUGCGCUGCUGUAGAGACACUUCCUUCCCACACUCUCCACCUCGGGCGGCUGAAAUUUUGCACUGGGCGACCAUAGGCCAAUCCUGGAGCGCGGUGGUGGCACUGGGGGAUGUGCCUGAUGGGACCGUGGUGACAGUGAUGGCGGGCAAUGAUGAGAAUUACUCCGCUGAGCUGCGCAAUGCUUCCGCUGUCAUGAAGAACCAAGUGGCCAGGUUCAAUGACCUUCGCUUCGUGGGCCGGAGCGGGCGAGGGAAGAGUUUCACGCUCACAAUCACCGUGUUCACCAACCCUACCCAAGUGGCCACCUACCACCGAGCCAUCAAGGUCACCGUGGAUGGACCCCGGGAACCCCGACGGCACCGGCAGAAGAUAGAAGACCAGACCAAGGCCUUCCCUGACCGCUUUGGAGAUCUGCGCAUGCGUGUAACACCAAGCACCCCUAGCCCCCGUGGAUCACUCAGCACCACAAGCCAUUUCAGCAGCCAAGCCCAGACCCCAAUCCAAGGCUCGUCAGACCUGAACCCCUUCUCGGACCCCCGCCAGUUUGACCGCUCCUUCCCUACGCUGCAAAGCCUCACGGAGAGCCGCUUCCCGGACCCCAGGAUGCACUACCCGGGGGCCAUGUCUGCCGCCUUCCCCUACAGCGCCACGCCGUCGGGCACCAGCCUGGGCAGCCUGAGCGUGGCGGGCAGGCCGGCCAGCAGCCGCUUCCACCACACCUACCUCCCGCCGCCCUACCCCGGGGCCCCGCAGAGCCAGAGCGGGCCCUUCCAGGCCAACCCCGCGCCCUACCACCUCUUCUAUGGCGCCUCCUCCGGCUCCUACCAGUUCUCCAUGGCAGCUGCGGGCGGUGGCGAGCGCUCGCCCACCCGCAUGCUGACCUCCUGCCCCAGCGGCGCCUCGGUGUCCGCGGGCAACCUCAUGAACCCCAGCCUGGGCCAGGCUGAUGGCGUGGAGGCCGACGGCAGUCACAGCAACUCGCCCACGGCCCUGAGCACGCCGGGCCGUAUGGACGAGGCCGUGUGGCGGCCCUACUGA